AACAACUUUAGGACCAUCCAAUGAAAUGUGUGAUUUAAAUCCCAGAAACAACCGGAAGUUUACAUUUUCCGAGCAAGCUGCUGUUAGCUAGCUAGCUAACGCUGUUUGUCCAUUUGGCUGUAUAAUAUACACGACUGAACGAUGGUUUGUGAAAAGUGCGAGAAGAAGCUCGGAAAGGUAAUUACUCCCGACACAUGGAAGGAUGGAGCAAGGAAUACAACAGAGAGUGGAGGGCGUAAGCUAAAUGAGAACAAGAUGUUAACGUCUAAGAAAGCCAGGUUUGACCCUUAUAGCAAAACAGGCUUUGCUAUCUGCAGGAUCUGCAAGAGCUCUGUUCAUCAGCCUGGUUCCCACUACUGCCAGGGCUGUGCUUACAAGAAAGGAAUCUGUGCAAUGUGUGGAAAGAAAGUUUUGGACACCAAGAACUACAAACAAACCUCUGUGUGACAGUCUACUGAUCAUAAAACAGCUCUUCAAGUAAAAAACAGACUGAAAGAGAGAGAAGUGGAGAUGGCUUUGUCCUAUUAUGAUAGUUUAUUGUAAAAUACUGCUAGAACUAGUCCAGUAGUAACGAACACAUGACCAGUGUUGUCGUCAAAUACACCACCUGUUGUCACCCAUUUCUUCAUCCUGGCUUUCUGGUUUUUUUGUGCUUUUUAAAUUUAGUACUUAAAAUUGUAUUAUUUCCUUUUUAAAUCCUUGAUUUCUGUAUGUAAUAUAUGCUGUGGUUGAGUGAAUUAAAGCUUCUGAUGUGACAAGA